AUGGUGGCCCUGGUGCUGGCGCGGGUGUCCGACAGCUGCGGGGUGGCCAUCGUGACUCAGCGCUGGGGGGCACGAACCCCCCACUUGGGUGCAUCCAACCCCAGGCUCUUCGCCAUCUUCGCUUUCGGGGCCUGUGGCUCCUUCAGCGGCGAGACCGGGGCGACGGUGAAAUGCGACAGCGAAAGCAAAGAGAUGAGCGCCGUUUUCAUCCAGUUCGGGUACCCCUUCAGGUUAUACCAGAUCCCCUUCGAGAUGCCGGAGUGCGGGGAGGAGGCCGAACCCCGCACCCUGCACCUCAUCGGUGACUUCUCCGCUCCUGCCGAAUUUUUCGUGACCCUGGGGGUCUUCACCUUCUUCUACACCAUGGCUGCCCUGGUGCUCUACCUCCGCUUCCAUUCCCUCUACGCUGAAAACAAGAAGCUCCCCAUCACG